AUGUUGAAAGGCUGAGUCCCAUUACGCGAUUACGAUUUCUUUGGGCGGGGCAGCAUGAGGCCUGGCCCGACAUUUAAGCUCGUCCUCCUUGGAGAUGGGCGCGUCGGGAAAACGUCUAUGGUGUUACGUUAUGUUAACAAUAUUUUCUCGGACAAACAGACCGCAACAAUUCAAGCCUCAUACCUAACAAAACGAGUUAAUGUUGAUGGCCUCACCGUCACCCUUGCCAUCUGGGACACUGCAGGUCAGGAACGCUUCCAUGCACUCGGGCCGAUCUAUUACAGGGACGCAGAUGCCGCCGUGUUAGUUUAUGACCUUAUGGACAAGGACAGUUUUGCUCGGGUUAAAAGUUGGGUGAAGGAGCUGCGCAAGAUGGCAAAUAAGAAUAUAGUUCUGACUAUUGCUGGCAAUAAGUGUGAUAUGGAUCGACAUCGAACAGUUGACCUUCAAGAUUCCGAAAGAUAUGCAGAGUCAAUCGGAGCCCAUCAUUUUUUGACAUCAGCAAAGUCAAAUACUGGGAUUGAAGAGGCCUUCUUAGACGUUGCAAAACGUGUGCUGGAGGUAAGAAAAGGUGAAAGCCCGGAAGGGAUGUCAUCAGUAGCUCAUCGGAAGAGCCUGAUCGUCGUCGAUGAUCAACCACAGGCGCCCCCUCCUUCGAAGUGUUGUUCUUGAAAAUAUAGUACCUGUGAAUAUGUACAGUUAUUUGUUUACCGAUAGCCCUUCAGGUUUUCUCACUUCUCUAUAUUCAAGCAAAACCUACCGAGGUAACUGAGGACUAUUUCUGCUGCUACUGGAGGCAGUAUCCUCGAAGAAGAGUGUCGAGGAAGAUUUGAACACCCAACGUAUCACUGAUGCUUUUUUGUCAGUGAGAGUUCAUUGGUCUAUCACUUUUGUAGGCAUAGGUACACUCUUAGAUCUUCUGCACACGCAAUUCCAUGUAAAAGAUGCAGUCAAAAAUCCCGACUGUGAUCCUUUCUUGCCCUCUAAUUAAUGGUCGAGUUCUCUAAACCUUCGUAGGUUUAGGCUGAGAUUUACGACUAGUUGCUGGUUCCCGUCAGUCCUAGUGUUUUAGAGUUGUAGACUGCGGUGGUGACUUCAAUAUGACGAGCUUUACUGUAAUUUACCGAGGCUCAUCGACGGUUGCCUGAAAUCCUUGUGAAUGUGCUGCAUUCGACAUGAAAGAGGAGCCCCAAAAAAAGGCGAAAUAAUACCAAAAAGUCACCCUUUAACAUCGGGGUGCAGCGGUUUACCUUUUUUGUAGGAACUUCAAUUUCUUCACUGUAAUCAUUAUUUUAUGC